UAGUUAGUUAGUUACGUUUUUUUUUUUGGCAAAACAGAAGAAAAAAAGAGAAAUAGAUUGUAUUUUAUUUGAAUAAAGAUUGUAUUUUUAAGUUUGAAAAGGAAUAAAGAUUGCAUUAAGUUAAACCACUAAAAAGAAAAAGAAAAGGAAAAUAGAUUAGUUAGAGUAAGUUUUUGUAUUAAAACAUAUAUAGUUAGCUGAAGUCGAAGGUGCCAACCUGACGAGAGUCCACACCAGACCAAAACUCUUUAUUGUUUUAUGUAAAAUUUCUAGGGCAAUUGCAAGUGCAGAUCGUUGAUCAUUGAGAUUAUUGAUUGAAUGGCUCGGGCCGGAGGAAUAACCAAUGCCGUAAAUGUAGGGAUAGCAGUUCAAGCCGAUUGGGAGAAUCGCGAGUUCAUCUCUCAUAUUUCCCUCAACGUUCGCCGCCUCUUCGAUUUCCUUGUUCAAUUUGAGGCUACGACUAAGAGCAAAUUGGCUACAUUGAAUGAAAAGCUUGAUACUUUGGAACGUAGACUCGAACUUCUUGAAGUCCAAGUGGGUACAGCCUCAGCUAACCCUUCUCUUUUUUCAAAUUAAUCCACUUUUCCUCUUGUUGUCUCAUUUCUAUUGAUAUUUGUAAACCCAGUUUGGAAGUAUUGUUGUAUUUUUUUUUCUUCUUUUUUGUUUGUUUGUUAAAUCAUUGGAUUUGUAAUGUCUUAGCUACUGUCUUGUCUGCAUAUAUUUAAUAAUAAAUAAGCUGGCGUUCGUUUCAUGGUA